UAUUAAAUCACCGAAUCUGAGAUUUUCCAGACCAAUCAAAGGCGUCUGUCAGCUAAAGCUAGCGAGAAUGCGGAUAUGACGUGGCAGACAGGUGGCGUUACGUAAUUAAAACCAAAUUAAUGAAGAAAAAAGAAAAGAAGAAACAGAGGAAUAACAAACAAACUCAUAUAACAGUUUCUUGGCUUCUCUCUAAAUUCCAAACAGAAAACUUUCCCUCCUAAUUCAAGUUUCUAGGGUUUCCAGUUCUUUGUGUUGGUAGAGGAAUCUCCGGCUUAAAUGGCGGAUUCGACGGCGGACGAGGCAACAAACGCCGAUACUCUGAGGCGGGAUUUACAGAAGGUACUGACGGAGAUUUGGUACGACGGAGGAGGCAAAGAUCGCGGUGAGAUUGAUGAGGCUAUUAGAAUCCUGACUUGUCUGAGGAAAAUAGAAUCGAAGAAGCCAGAAGAAUCUGAUAUAUCUCCGGUGGAAGUUCCAAAAGAGUUUAUAUGUAAACUCUCGAAGAGGAUCAUGAUCGAACCUGUGCUCAUCGCUUCUGGCCAGACUUUUGAAAAGAGAUAUAUCCUAGAGUGGCUGAAGCAUGAACGUACAUGCCCCAGAACCAAACAAGUUCUUUACCACCGUUUUUGGAUACCAAACCAUUUGAUCAACGAGGUUAUUAUGCAAUGGUGUCGAAUUCACAACUUUGAUCGGCCAAAACCAUCUGAUGAAGAAGUCAUUGACCUGUUCACUGGUGACAUUGAAUCAUUCCUUCAGCGUAUUACCUCUCCUUCCUCGGUUGAAGAUCAGACAGAAGCUGCAAAAGAGCUUGCCCGCCAGGUCAAGAGAUAUGCCACUGUCCGUGACUUCUUUGUCGCCAAAAUCCCUGAUUCGAUCACCAGGUUGCUCACUGUUUUGGGCGAUGAGGUAGACUCGAAUCCUGAGCUUCAAGAGAAUAUCAUCACAUCAUUGUUCAACAUGUCUACUUUUGAGAAGAAUAAAACACUACUUGCUGAGAAUCCUCAUGUGAUCCCACUGCUUACAAAGUCUUUGAGGAAGGGGACAGAUCAAACAAAAAAAGUCUCUGCAGCGACUGUGUUUUCACUUUCACAUACUGAUUCUAACAAGAACAUCAUCGGGAACUCGGAAGCACUCAAGGCUCUGAUAGAUCUAGUCGAAGAGGGUGAUUCAUUAGCCACCAGUGAAGCCUUUUCCGCGCUUGCUAAUCUCUGUUUAGUAAAGGAGAUCAGGGAAAAGGCAGUUUCAGCGGGUCUGAUUCGUGCGGCAACCACAAAGAUCAAAGCAGGAAGCAAUGUGGAUGUGUUGUUAUCGUUCUUGGCAUCGAUUUCUACACACAACCGGACUAUCGAAGAAAUGGAUAACCUAGGGUUUAUAUAUGAUCUGUUCAGUAUCUUGAGGAACUCAAAUAGCUUCGUGAAUGAAGAGAACGCUUUAACCAUCGUCGUUUACAUUUGUAAAGGAUACAGAGGCUUGCGAGAUGUGGUCCAGGAAGAGGCGACAGGGAAUGUGGUCCUAGAAGAGGAGAAUAAACACGGGACAUUUACGAAGCUUGCGAAGCAAGAAGCAGGUUGUACGGUGAGAAAAGCACAAGCGAUUUUACAGUGUAUUAAGACAUUCGCUGAUCGUAAAGAGCAACGUCAGAGGAAGAGGGAUGAUAGGCCUUUAAGAGUAUAUGUGAGAAGAAAUAAAUGAGUUGGUGCAGAAGAAGAAUGAGGUCGUGUUAUUACGUAAAUAGUUUUGCAAACUAACUCUUGAUAAUAGUCAUUGAAAACUUUGUAUAUAUAGUUUUGCUGCUCUAAA